AUGUCUAUGAAAUCUAUUAGUGCUAAAAAUAAUGUUUUUAUUUGUGAUGAAAAAGACAUCUUUGUUAGUGAAAAUUGUAUUUUAGGCAUACUGCCAACACCUAUUAUAUUAUCCAUUGGAGAAUGGAUCCACUAUGAAUUUACUUUGUCAGUGGAUGUACUUGAGAAGAUGAACAAGAGAAUCAGGUUUAACUCCGACGAUGAUCUGGCUUUAUUGAGGCAAGUAGUAAGUCAGAAUGUUUUGCAACAACCAGAACAAUGGGAGGCACUGAGAGAAAACAUGAUUAUAUUAACAAAAAAAGAAUUCUCAGUGAGAACACUUAGAGACCAUUUGAAACAUUUAAUGGAAAUUUGGAAAAAGAAGGAUGCUGUAAAUAGAGUCAGAUCAGGAGUUGAAGAGAUUUUCUCAGAAAGAGAUAAUCUACUCCAAGAGAUUUGGGAUAUUACUAGAACCACAAAUCUUACUCCAUCUAAAUUAAAAAGAAAAACCAAACAGGAGCAACAAUCAUCGGAAAUCGGUGUUGCUCUAAGGGACCUUGCAGCAAAAUAUUAUGCAAAAGAAGAAUUAGACAUGUCUAUUGACCACGAAGAAAAUGUCAUCAGUGAUCAUGACUACAAUUGUGUUGCAUCAACUUCUCAAGAAACUCCUCAAGUGGGAUAUGGGCAAACGCCAGAUGAGGAAACUGUGAAUGAGGGUCCCAUCAAAAGACUCAAGGAUGAAACUGCUGAAGAAGGUCCCAGCAGCAGGAAACAAAUAGCAGGGCCAAUCCGCAAACGGAAAAAUCAAAGUGCAGGUCUUCGUAGAAGUGGCUUAACUUUUAUUCAAGAGAGAAGUGAGAGAGAGCACAAUAUUAGAGUACGGGAGCUGCAAUUAGAGGAAGAUAAAUUGCAGUUAGAAAAAAGAAGGUUGAAGUUCAGGAGCGGCAGAUAG